AUGGCGUAUGCAGCGAGGUCCUACAUCCUGAACAAGAAAAGGUGGGAAUUUCAGCUACUAACUCAGUAUCAUAUGCAGGUUAAACAAUUGCUAUUUUAUUUCAAUUUUAAGGCAAGAACAGGCAGGCAAUCAAAGAUGCCAAAAAUGUUUGCAAGUGGGUCAUUGGACGUACGAGUGCAACAAUAAACGAAAGUAUUUGCAGCGGGAUUCGAGAACAGUGGUAAUGAAAAAGAAAAUCAAACUAGCCAGUUCUUCUCGCGAUAAUAAUGAUUCAAGUAAAAGGUAAAACAUAGAAACUUUUAAGAAUAUGGCAAUGUGGGGACUGAUCUGAAAAUCAGAUAAACCUAACUCGAGCUAGUUUUUAAAACGUCUUUUUUUACACGAGUUUAGCUCAGAAAAAAGCGUGCUACCAUUGAUGCUUUCAUACCAGUCUGAUUUUACUGCGAUUCCCUCUAUGUAGUCAUUGGAACUAGUAUAGAAUACAGAGCCAUUAAAGUCCUCCUUGUGGGGAAAGUUUAAACAAUGAGGAAAAUCACCGCUAUUGUGGUUCCAGUAGGAUCAAGAUAUAUCGUCCUGCAUUCUGCAGUUUGCUUGUUGCCGAUAUAUCAUCAUAUUUCCAAAAUCUUGUUUUGGUGUGAGUUAUAAACCAAUAAAUAUGUACUUCAUGUUCUUUAUCAGUGAUGAUAAACAAGUGAAAGAAUUAGAAACAGCAUGAAUUAGGCGUAAUAAUAUACAAGCUUAGUUAGUUCAUUUAUUAUGAGAUUCCUCCUUUCCCUGUCAAUUAACCUCUUCAAUAUAGGUUCAUCUAUUUAUAAACAAAAUUUCAUUGCAGCUGUGAGCUUCUUGCCAAUAAGCUCCUCUGUUUUAGGCCCAACUGCGUGUCAUUACACCUCUCAAAAUAUUCCUCUAGAAGUAUCUUCUCCCAUAUCAGCCCAUCAUCCUUUUUUUGGGUUUUUGCCUUGAUAAAACCACUUUCACUGUCCAGACAGCUUUCAGUUGACUAAACAAACCCCUUAUUUACAUACCUCUGUUUUAAAUCUAAUGUAAAAAUUUAAUUCUAUCCCUACAGUGAGUCAGUUGACAAGGAAAAAAGUGCUCCAAAUGAAAGGUAUUUGAUUUAUUUAGAGGUUCAUCUGUAAUAAAUGAUAGGGAAACCUUGUUUGUACUUAGUGGCUUUGAUCACUUUAUGGCUAUCUUAAAACUGAGCUUAUUUCAUUUUUAGUGUGAUUUUAAUCUCUACUGCCCCCCCUAGCCAUUUCACUCCCAAGAUCUCAUUACUAAUUCUCCUUAAUGUUAUUUCUGAGAAUUUGAUACUGGAUCAACUUAUUAUCCCAUAUUUGAUAUUUUUUCUUUUUCUCAUUACUUGUCUGCUUGAUAUUGUAAAGAGAAAUUCUGUCUUGGUCAAACAUGGGAGUUAAAGGAUGAUGGUUUAUUUAACCCUUCAACUCCCAUGACUGACCAAGACAGAAUUUCUCCUUACAAUAUCAAUACAAUAUCAAGCAGACAAGUGAUGAGAAUAAAGAAAACUCUUAAUUAGGGGAUUAUUAGUUGAUCCAAUACCAAAUUCUCCAAACUAACAUCAGAAGAACUGUAUAGCAGACAGUAAGGAGAAUUACUAAUGACAUAUUGGGAGUUGAAGGGUUAAGGCUUUUCCUUUCUUUCAAAAUCAGUUUUUAAGUCUGAAGUGGAAAUUUUUUCUGGCAUUUUAAGUGCUUUGAAGGUCUUAAAUUUUCCCAAUCAGCUUAUACUUGCUGACCAUUGCAUGUCAUGAAUAGGCUGUGUUUUCACAAACCUUGAGAGGCAAGCUUUGGAAGGGUUAGGUUUGGUUGAGAAUUUUCAAUUACAGGUUACCCAGGGUUUUGGUCAACAACUUUCUUACAUUUUUUCAAGGCAUUUUCCAAUACAGCUCUAUUUUUGGGUUGCCUGUCAACCAUCAUGUUCAACAGCAUGGUAGUUGAUCAGCUCUACUACUUUUCCAGUGAAAAAAAAAGGGGGUGGUGGAAGGGGAGCAUAUAGCUAUAUAUUUUGAGUGCAGAUGGAUUGAUUUGUCUCUUACUGUUUCUGUCGGAAGUGACAAUGAAAGCAGUGACAACAAUGAGGAGUCUGAAUCUGAUGACUCAUCCACAACAGACAGAAGUGAUUCUUCUGAUGACAGCAGUAGCAGUAGUUCUCCCAGCUCCAGCAGCGGUGAUAAUAGCAGUAAAUCUAGCAAUUCAGAGGAGUCAGACAGUGAUAAUGAACGGAAAUCAAAGAAACAGAAGUCAAAGAAGCGCUGAGCUGACGCGAGACAAGCAAACAUGAGAGCCACAAAACACGAGAAUCACACCACCUUACUUAGAGGAUAAUAACGGUGUCAGACAUCCAGAGGCGUUUGAAGGAGCUGUUGACGUCAUCAUCCUCUGUUGUCGUUUUGUUGGGUUGCCUGUUUAAGCAAAUCUGAGUGGGCACUUCUACAUGUAUUUCAGUCAAAUGUUUUGUGUUUGAAGGCAUUUCUUCACGGACGCUACUUUCUUCUUUUUAAUGUACCAUUUUUCCACAAACAGCAAAAGUUAAAGGAUCCAAUGAUCCGAAUCACUAGUGCGCGGUAGGCGCUCUUAAAAGUGGGCGGAUGUAGGCGAAAACAAUUUGCCUGAAUCAAAGAUCGACGCGCACUAAUGUUACCAAAAACUGCACGCGAACUUUUUUGAAACUGCGUGCGCGAGUUGUGUGUGGGUGCGCAUGAGCGGUGCGCGCAGGUUUUUGAAACGGCACGCGCUGUUUCUGAGCGCCAUGUGUGAGUUUUUUAGCAGCGCAU